CCCGGGAGGCGGCCCUCCGGUCCUCGGGCGCAUUUGAUAUUGGGGAAGACUAAGGCCCUAAGUGCGACCGUCAGCCUGCUGUCACCCCAGGCAGUGAGGGUGUGGGGGUUUGCAUGCGCCCACAUUGUUUAUUGUCCCUGUCGCCGCCUCGCACGGUCCCGGCCAACCCACAGCCUGACUAGGCCAGCAGCGUCGCUGAUGGACCCAGGGCAGAGCCCAGUGACCUUUGAAGAUGUGGCUGUAUACUUUUCUAAGGAGGAGUGGAAGCUUCUUGAUGCCGGCAAGAGGCAUCUGUACUACAGUGUGAUGCUGGAGAACUUUGAGCUCAUGACCUCCCUUGGUUGUUGGUAUGGAGUGGAAGAUGAGGGGGCCCGUUCAAAGCAGAAUGCUUCUGUAGAAGGGAUGUCACAGGUCAGGAUCCCUAGUGUAAAUCCUUCCACUCAGAAGGCUGACACCUGUGAUAUGUGUAGCCCAUUCUUGAAAAACAUUUUACACCUGGAUGAACGUCAAAGAACGUAUCCUAAGGAGACCCCCUACACAUGUGGAACAUGUAGAAGAGAAUUUGAGUUCAGUGCAAACCUUCACUAUCACCAGAAGGACAAAGGAUACAGUGGAAAAAAGCCCUUCAGAUGGGACAAGGACAAGGAUUCAUUUGUAGAAAACCUUGUAGUCUACCUGUCAGAGAAGCCUUUCACUUGUGGGGAAGGUGGUAAGGAUGCCUUGGACAGCCAUGACCUCUUCCAGCACCCAGCCUUUGGCAACAGCAGGAGACCACAAAGGAGCAUAGAGUGUAGGGAGGCCUUACAUAGCUCUAAUCUUGAGCAGCUCACAGAAGUCCAUACCACACAGAAGCUCUUCAAGUGCAACAAUUAUGGAAAAGCCUUUCAGAAGACCUCCACUCUGCUCAGCCACCUGAGAACUCACUCUGAAGGGACAGCAUUUAGAUGCUCAACAGUUAGAAAUUCCUUAGAAGAGAAAUCAACCCUUGUAAAUCACCAAAAAUGUCAUGAUGGAAAGACAUGUCAUGUGUGUAAAGAGUGUGGGAAGACCUUCAAUCACACUUCUAAACUGAGGAAGCACCAGAAAUUUCACAGUAGACUAAUACAUGAGUGCAGUGAUUGUGGGAAAACCUUCAACCACAAACUCACACUUGUUCAUCACCAGAGAAUUCACACAGGAGAAAGGCUUUAUGAGUGCAGUGAAUGUGGGAAAGCCUUUAAUAACAGGUCACACCUCACUCGUCAUGAGAAAGUUCACACUGGAGAAAGGCCUUUUGAAUGCAGCAAAUGUGGAAGAGCCUUCAGCCAAAGCUCCAAUUUCCUUCGGCAUCAGAAAGUUCACACUCAAGUAAGACCUUAUGGAUGCAAUCAGUGUGGUAAAGCCUUCAGUCGCAGCUCUGCUCUCAUUCAGCACUGGAGAGUUCACACUGGAGAAAGGCCUUAUGAGUGCAGUGAGUGUGGAAGAGCUUUUAACAAUAACUCCAACCUCGCUCAGCACCAGAAAGUUCACACUGGAGAACGGCCUUUUGAGUGCAGUGAAUGUGGAAGAGAUUUCAGCCAAAGCUCCCACCUCCUUCGACAUCAGAAAGUUCACACUGGAGAACGGCCUUUUGAAUGCACCGAAUGUGGGAAAGCCUUCAGCAAUAGCUCCACCCUCGUUCAGCACCAGAAAGUACAUACUGGGCAAAGGCCUUAUGAAUGUAGUGAAUGUAGAAAGGCCUUCAGCCGCAGCUCCAGUUUGAUUCAGCACUGGAGAAUUCAUACUGGGGAAAGACCUUAUGAGUGCAGUGAAUGUGGGAAAGCCUUUGCUCACAGUUCCAGUCUCAUUGAGCACUGGAGAGUUCACACAAGAGAAAGGCCUUAUGAGUGCAGCGAAUGCGGGAAGUUCUUUAGCCAGAACUCCAUUCUCACUAAACAUCAGAAAGUUCACACUGGAGAAAGGCCUUAUGAGUGCAGUGAAUGUGGGAAAUUCUUUAGCCGAAAGUCCAGCCUCAUUUAUCACUGGAGGGUUCACACUGGAGAAAGGCCUUAUGAAUGCAGUGAAUGUGGGAGAGGCUUCAGCAAUAACUCCCACCUGGUUCGUCACCAGAGAGUUCACACACAAGAAAGGCCCUAUGAGUGUAGCCAGUGUGGGAAAGCCUUUAGUGAACGAUCUACACUUGUUCGACACCAAAUAGUUCACACCAGGGAAAGGACUUAUGAGUGUAGCCAUUGUGGGAAAGUCUUCAGCCGCCUCUGCAAUCUAGCUCAGCAUAAAAGGAUUCAUACCUGAAUGGAGCCUUAUGGAUAUGAUCCUUCUGAGAAGAUCUUCAGCCAAGUCAAACUUCAUGCAGCAGAAUACCCACAGCGAAGUUACCUACAUGUACCACUAAUGUGGAGAAGCCCUCAGAAUGUACUCUGCCCUUUCUGAGCAGCCCACAGCUGAACUAUCUCCCCUUUCCAGCCUGCCUGGAUCCAAAUAUCUACAUAUACAUGGAAAAACAUCUCUCCUUCCUUUUUCCUGGAGGGAUUCAUGAUUGUCCUGGGUCCACUGGAAUGGCUUCAUUCCCAUUGCCUGUAAGACAGUUAGGAUGUAAACUAAUCCCAUGCUGGUUGAGGGGCCUUGAGGGAUGUCCAGUUUGGGCUUCUCAGGAAGAUCCACAUUCCUCAUUCCUCAUGGAUGUUGUCAUGUCUGCAUGUAACCCCAAUGAUGUGUCCACUGAGCCCACACAUCACCCUCCCCUUGAAUCACUUAUCUUGGUCUUCUGUAUUCUGCAUAAUAAUAAAGAACUUUAUUGACCAAGUCACUUUUUU